AUGAGGAGUAGUGUUCUAGUGCUAAUGUUGGUGGCCUGCCUGGUCAUGGCUGAAGAGAAGAAGACGGAAAAGAAGGAUGAGAAGAAACAAGACAAGAGAGGUCUGUUCGACUUUGGGAACUAUGGUGGCGGUUCUGAUUUCGGACACGAUGUCAAAACAGAAGUAAUAACAAAAGAGGUACCAUACCCUGUUCCAGUUGAAGUCGAAAAGCAUGUACCGUACCCAGUUCAUGUUAAUGUUGACCGACCAGUGCCUGUCCAUGUACCCCAGCCGUAUCCAGUGACAGUCGAGAAAAAGAUACCUUACCCAGUCAAAGUUCCAGUGCCACAACCUUAUCCCGUUUACAAACAAGUACCAGUACCAGUAAAAGUGCCCGUUGACAACCCAGUUCCAUAUCACGUCGAGAAGCCAGUGCCGUACGUUGUCGAGAAGAAGGUACCCUAUCCCGUGGAGAAGCCGGUGCCAUACCCCGUCAAGGAGAUCGUCGAGAUUCCCCGUCCUUAUCACGUGCCUUACACCGUAGAGAAGAAGGUUCCAUACGUAGUGGAAAAGAAGAUCCCCGUCCACGUCAAAGUACCUGUUGAUAAGCCAUACCCAGUCUACGUUCCUAAGCCGUACCCAGUUUCAGUUGAGAAGAAGGUCCCUUACUACGUUGAGAAGAAAGUCCCCUAUGAGGUAAAAGUGCCAGAGUACGUUAAGGUACCAGUUCCCUACUACGUACCCAAGGUGGAGCACAAUUUUGGAGGACACGAGCUGCCUUCCUAUGGUGGUCAUCAUCUCCACUAA